UCCUUUUGUUGUGUGGUGGCAGAAAGAAAAGGGGAAGUGACAAAGUUUAAACCUUGCGGUUGGUGAGAAGGCCACAACUGAAGGCAAAUGAAGCCACACACUCAGGCUUCUUCUUUCGCCACUCCACUCCCGCACGUGCCUUUCUUUCGCGCCACCGCUUCCUCACGUGACGCCCCGGCGGAAUCUCUUCGUGCCGCCGCCGCCGAUGAAUUCCGUCGCAUCUGGACUGCGAAACGCCGCCGCGUCAACCUGUCCGUCCGCCACUCCACAUGCGUCGCCGCGGCUUCGAAUCCGGGUGGCUCCGGUGGCGAUUAUAGUCAACCUCGGAGCAGCCGGCGCGGCGUGCUGAUGGCACCGUUCCUGGCUGCCGGCGCGUCGGUUCUGUUAUCGUCGGCGUCGAGGGCGGAGGAGAAGCCGGCGGAAUUGGCUCCGACAGCACCUAAGCUGGAGGAGGCGAAAAAGGAGGAGGAGGAAGUGAUAACGUCGAGGAUUUACGACGCGGCGGUGAUAGGGGAACCGUUGGCGAUAGGGAAAGAGAAAGGGAAGGUGUGGGAGAAGUUGAUGAAUGCGCGAGUGGUUUAUUUGGGGGAAGCGGAACAGGUUCCGGUUCGAGACGAUAGGGAAUUGGAGCUUGAGAUUGUGAAGAAUUUGAAUAGGCGCUGUUCGGAAAAGGAAAAAAAACUGUCUCUUGCGCUGGAAGCUUUUCCCUCUAAUCUUCAGGAACCGCUCAAUCAGUAUAUGGACAAGAAGAUAGAUGGAGACACCUUGAAGUCUUAUACGUUGCAUUGGCCACCUCAAAGAUGGCAGGAGUAUGAACCUAUUCUGAGCUACUGUCGUGAAAAUGGAAUCCGUGUAGUCGCUUGUGGUACUCCGCUGAAGAUCUUAAGAACUGUCCAAGCAGAAGGAAUUCGUGGGCUUACGAAGGCUGAACGUAAACUUUAUGCUCCUCCAGCUGGGUCGGGCUUUGUAUCAGGCUUUACUUCUAUCUCACGUAGACCUUCAGUCGAUAGUACUCAAAAUCUGUCCAUUCCUUUUGGUCCGAGCUCAUACCUUUCUGCCCAGGCUAAAGUAGUUGAUGAGUAUUCUAUGUCCCAGGUUAUCUUACAAAAUGUGGUUGAUGGAGGGUCCACUGGUAUGUUAAUUGUUGUGACUGGUGCAAGCCAUGUUACGUAUGGAUCUAGAGGAACUGGAGUGCCAGCUAGAAUUUCAGGAAAAAUACAAAAGAAAAACCAAGUAGUUAUAUUACUUGACCCUGAAAGACAAUUCAUUCGCAGAGAAGGAGAAGUUCCCGUGGCUGAUUUUUUGUGGUAUUCUGCUGCCAGACCCUGUAGUAGAAAUUGCUUUGAUCGUGCUGAGAUUGCUCGCGUAAUGAAUGCUGCUGGGCGGAGGCGAGAUGCCCUACCACAGGAUCUUCAAAAGGGAAUUGAUCUUGGUUUAGUAUCUCCAGAGGUUUUGCAGAACUUCUUUGAUCUAGAGCAGUAUCCUCUGAUUUCAGAACUCACUCACCGUUUCGGGGGUUUCAGGGAAAGAUUGUUGGCAGAUCCCAAAUUCUUGCACAGAUUAGCCAUAGAAGAAGCCAUAUCAAUAACAACUACAUUGUUGGCGCAAUAUGAAAAGCGGAAAGAUAAUUUUUUCCAAGAGCUUGACUACGUUAUUACAGACACUAUCAGAGGAUCAGUAGUUGAUUUUUUUACAGUGUGGCUCCCUGCACCAACUUUGUCAUUCCUUUCAUAUGCUGAUGAGAUGAAAGCCCCUGACAACAUUGGUUCUCUAAUGGGACUUCUAGGUUCCAUCCCGGACAAUGCAUUUCAAAAGAAUCUUGCAGGAACAAACUGGAAUCUCAAUCAUAGAAUUGCAUCAGUUGUAUUUGGUGGGCUAAAACUUGCUAGUGUUGGAUUUAUUUCAAGCAUUGGAGCCGUGGCUUCAUCAAAUUCUCUAUAUGGAAUCCGUAAAUUCCUUAAUCCAGCCAUUGUCACUGAGCAACGGGUUAUAAGGUCACCAAUACUGAAAACAGCUGUCAUAUAUGCUUGCUUUCUUGGAAUUUCUGCAAAUCUCCGUUAUCAGAUAAUUGCUGGGAUAGUGGAGCAUCGGAUUUCUGAACAGUUUGCUUCCCAGACAUUCUUUGUAAAUAUGCUUUCUUUUGUAGCACGGACUGUCAAUUCCUAUUGGGGAACCCAGCAAUGGAUUGACCUAGCGCGCUUUACUGGCCUGCAAGUUAGAAAGACAGAGUCGCCAACAUCAGAUUCUCCGAAUAGUGCUGCAAUUUUAUGCAACGAAGCAGAAGAAGCCACCAUUGAUGAGAUAGAAAAAUAAAAGUGGUGACGAUACGUUGCGACAUUUUUUUCGUGGUAAUUUGUAUUAUUCUUGAAAAGCUGGUAAUACAGGCACAGAGGAAUAGGUUAUUGUUUUCA